AAUGUUGUGUUGUUGUGUAGACCCACAGGGAGUUGGUGCGUCUGUCGGAGGGCGUCGGGUUCAGAGUUCACAUACUAGACAAGGCCUCCAUGGCAGCCAGGAAAUACGUUCCCUGCUCUCACAAGAAAUCCGAUAUUCUGAUCAGUACCCCCAAUAGACUGGUGUUCCUCCUGAAGCAGGAUGCGAUAGACCUCAGCAGUGUGGAAUGGUUGGUGGUGGAUGAGAGUGAUAAGCUGUUUGAGGAUGGUCGUAGUGGCUUCAGAGAGCAGCUAGCAGCAGUGUUCCAGGCGUGUUCCUCUCCGCGGGUCAGACGAGCGCUCUACAGUGCUACCUGUGCUCCAGACGUGGAACAGUGGUGUCGUCUCAACCUCGACAACCUGGUCUCUGUCAACAUUGGACACAGGAACUCUGCAGUAGAGACAGUAGAACAGGAGCUGCUGUUUGUUGGAACGGAGAACGGGAAGUUACUGGCCGUGAGGGACAUCAUCAAGAAGGGUUUCUUGCCCCCUAUGCUGGUGUUUGUCCAGUCUAUUGAUCGAGCCAGAGAGCUCUUCCAUGAGCUGGUGUACGAAGGAAUCAACGUAGACAUCAUACACGCUGACCGCACACAGCAACAGAGAGACAACGUGAUCAGUAGUUUCCGGUCGGGUGAUAUCUGGGUGUUGAUCUGUACGGCCCUGCUGGCCCGAGGUAUCGACUUUAAGGGUGUCAACCUGGUGCUGAACUACGACUUCCCUACCAGCGCUGUGGAAUACAUCCACCGUAUCGGUUAGUCCCUGCGUAUCACUACACUAC